GCUUUACAAAUUCUUAUCAUCACCUACAGCAGUAAUCAUCAAUAAAUAAAAAGGGCCUUUUUGCUGUCAAAACAAAAUCGGUUUGAAUGAGAUACGAGUAGCAGCACUCCGAAUCGAAUUAGAAUCGAUCAAGACGAAUAGCUGUCCGAGUAGGAAUUGAGACUCGAUCGAGACCCCCACGUGGCCACGUUAUAAAUAAACACAUACACGUCAAUGGUUAGCUAGCUGCAGAUCAGCAUUAAUUAGUACGUACAGCAUGGGCGACAACAACGAGUCGGCCUCCACCAUCGUCGUCACCACCACGAGCGCGUCCCACGUGCUGGACAUCAAAGGAUACCCGAAGCUGAUCAAGCUGCUGCCCAACGGCAAAGGCGUCGCGUCUCUCCCCUUCGCCGUCCAAGGCCGCGCCUGCACCACCAGCAGCUGGCACGUCGAGUUCUUCCCCGACGGCGACCUCCCGGCCCGCGCCGGCUUCGUCUCCCUCUUCGCCGUCCUCGACCGCGCCGACUCCGCCCUCAAGGCCACCGUCGGCUUCGACCUGCUCGACCCGGCCACGGGGGACCCCGUCCCGCGCUACGCCAGCAGCGCCGCCCGCGACGUCGUCCACGACUUCACGCGCCCCGGCGCCUACUCCCCCCACGCCGGUUCUUCCAUCAGGAGAGAAGAGCUCGAGAGAGUCUUCCGCCUCCUCGAGGCCGGCGGUGGAUCUUUCUCCGUCAGGUGCAAUGUCACCGUCUUCGAGUUCUCCGGAGCCGCCGCCGCUCCCGCCGUGCCGCCGCCGGACUUGCCUCGGCACCUGGGCGGCCUCCUGGAGACCCGAGAAGGCGCGGACGUGAGCUUCCUGGUCGGCGGCGCCGAAGACACAACUGGUUGUUUCUCGGCGCACCGGUGCGUGCUGGCCGCGCGGUCGCCGGUCUUCAGGGCGGAGCUCUACGGCGGGAUGGCGGAGAGCGCCGCCGACGGCCGCUGCGUCCGGGUCGACGACAUGAGACCCGAGGUGUUCGGCCACCUGCUGCGCUUCGCGUACACCGACUCGCUGCCGGAGCCAUCAGACCAGGAAGACGCCGACGAUCAUGCCAUUGCGAUGGCGCAGCAUCUCAUGGAAGCCGCCGAUAGGUACGGCAUGGAGAGGCUCAAGCUCGCCUGCGAGGACACGCUCUGCAGGCAUGUCGGCGCCGGCACGGGGGCCACGACGCUCGCGCUGGCUGAGCAGCACGGUUGCCACAGGCUCAAGGAGGCGUGCUUUGAGUUCCUCCUCAAGUCUCCCGAUGCACUGUGCUCGGUCAUGGCGACGGAUGACUUUGAUCAUCUCUCCAGAAGCUGCCCGUCUCUCUUGAAAGAGUUGAUUUGUAAGCUCGCUGCUCGCUGUUCGGAUCCCACUGAGAAGCCGGCCGAGAUCUCGCCUCCUUGCAAAAGAAGAAAAACGAAAAAGUCGGGUUGAGAAUAGUGGGUUCCAGUAAUUAGUUGGGUGUAAAUUUACUGCUGUACUCCCUGUGUUCCGUAAUUUUUGUCCAAAUAUUACAUAUAUCUAGACACUUUUUAGGAAUAGAUAUAUUCAUUUUUUGUCAAAUUUAAGAUAAGAAUUAAGAAAAAACGGAGGGAGUACUAAUUGUAAUACGGAUGAAUGGACGUUUUUUUCUCUUGUUUUCGCCGAAAUGCCCUCGCUUUGGCUAAUUGUAUGAUGUUGGGCCGAAGAGGCCAAGACCGAUGAUUCAUCCUAGCAUAGCAGACUGGACCUAGCUAGUACGUCUGUGGCUAUACGGGAAA